AUGGCUGGCUGCAAACAUCACCAGUUCAAAGAUUAUCCGGAGCCCAGAAAAGGGCCUGAUCUGCCGCCCAAUUAUGACCGGAAGCCCAACCCGGCACUUCGCGGGGUUAUCUUAAGUGUUGGCGCAUGGCUGCUGGACUGGUUGUGGUUCUUGCCGCAGAUAAUCUGGUCGAACGCGGGUUUUGGAUCUCUCCGGACGAUCCGGUCCCACCUGGAUUACAUCGAGCCUCGUUAUGACCCAACUGUUGUCCCUCUGAAGGGCAACAGUGAUGAAAAUCCCGAUGGUUCUGUCGCGGACACGGUGUCGGCACCUCCAGUCAAAUAUCCUACUAAAUACUACUCGGUCGCGGAUUACCAUGCGCUCUACAAAUCGGGAGAAUUGACACCCAUUGCGGUCGUCAAGGGACUCCUCCCGUUGAUCCGACGCGGUUUGUCCACUCCUGGUAAACAUUCAGUUGCAUUUGUCGACAGCCGAGUCGACUUGGUUCUUGCUGCAGCUGAGGAGUCUACCCGUCGUUACAGAGAAGGGCGACCGCUCGGCUUGUUCGACGGUGUUCCUGCCGCGGUGAAAGAUGAGUUCGAUCUCGAUGGCUACCGGACUAACAUGGGCUCAUUGAAUGACUACACCCUUGAGCCAAAAUCGGACGAUCCGUCCAUCACCAAUUGGUGCAUUAGACAGCUGGAGAAAGCUGGAGCGAUCGUAGUGGGAAAGGUCUCAAUGCAUGAGUUCGGACUUGAUACUACUGGAAAUAAUAUUCACUAUGGCACUCCGCCAAACCCAUAUCAUCCGGACUACUACACCGGUGGAAGUUCCUCCGGAUGUGCUUACGCCGUGAGCACAGGUUUAGUUCCCAUUGCGCUAGGCACGGAUGGUGGAGGAAGUGUCCGUAUCCCGUCGUCCUUCUGCUCCGUCGUGGGAUUAAAGCCGACUCAUAACCGACUGUCGCAUUACCCAAGCGUCAACUACGCCAGUACGACCAGCGUGAUUGGACCUCUCGCCGCAGACAUUCGCUCUCUCGCUGAAGCAUACCGCGUUUUCGCCACACCGGGUCCAGAUACACCAUUCCCAGCCCCAGGCCCCCUCUCACUCACCCCAUCAACUAGAGGAAAGAAAAUCCUCGGUAUCCCAGAAGUAUGGUUCUCCCGAUCAACCCCAGAUGUGCAACGUCUCUGCCGUUCCCUUCUAGACAAACUCGUCACCGAGAAAGACUACACCAUUGUUCCAAUCGACAUCCCCUUCCUCGUCGAAGGCCAGACAGCCCACGCCAUGACCAUCUUAGCCGACGGUGCUGCUCUACUCCCCGAUACGACUAACAUCACCGCCCCCAACCGCAUUCUCCUGACCCUGGGCCGCACCACUCCCGCCACUGAUUACCUUCUCGCGCAGAAACUUCGUCGACUUCUGAUGCAGCAUCUGGCUGCCCUUUGGCAGGAAUUUCCGGGUAUGAUCAUCGUGACGCCGACUACUGCGUGUGCGGGUUGGCCCGUUGUAUCCAAGUCGGAGUUGAAAUGGGGACUUAGUGAUGGGGACCGUACGUUGAAGGCUAUGGAGUAUGUUUGGUUGGCGAACUUUACUGGCAUUCCUGCGAUUAGUGUCCCGGCGGGAUAUGCGGAUCCAGAGGGUAAGCAUAGUACCGAGGGAACAGUUCCCGUGGGGCUAAUGGGAAAUGGAGAAUGGGGUAGUGAAGAGCAGUUGUUGCAGUGGGGUUUGGAGGCCGAGGAACUUGGGGCGGACUUGCGCGAGAGGCCUCCGAUCUGGGAGGAUGUCAUUCAGAGGGCUAAGUGGGUUGGUUCUAGCAGUGGGUCUCAAGAAACUGCAUGA